AUGCUUGUGUUUGCAUUUGACAGUUUAGCCGACCCGCAGCUGAUUUAUAACGAGAAGAAGAGCCAGUUUGAGAUCAAGAGGAACAACCCCAAGGACCUGGUGGAGAGGGUGGCCAGGGACAUCUCCAAGCUGCUCAACAGCAAGAGGAAGGCCCUGGAGCGGCCCCUACAGGUGGCCAUGUUGUGUAUGAAUAUGUAUGCGGCGGAGGCCCCGGCGGGCAGGUCCAGGUGGGGGCUGUGUCUCCUGACAGCAGGAAGGCCCUACCCUGAUUAUCAGCCGGCCCGCGGAGCUAAGGCCUCAGAGAGGAGCCCGGGAACACAGCGGCGCCGCGCCCCCGCCCCCAGUGGUCAUGCCCGCUUCCAGCCCGACGUGACAGGACGGACUAAUAGUCCUCGUGACUGGCAGGUGUUUGUCCCGGAGGCUAACGAGAAACUCGCCCGGGAGGCAGAACUGCUUCAGAAGGAACACGAGUGGCAGGACGGAGUGAAGACACACCGGGGGGACCCCCUGGUGACCCGGCACUGUGGGCGCAGCACUACCUGGGCACGCCAUCUUAGCUCUCAGCCACCCCUUCGUGUGCGCAUCCUCUCCAAGCACACGCCUUCACCCAGCCCUCCACCUCCACCACCACCACCUCCACCACCAACGCUGCUAUGGUUAACUCCCCCCUGCACCCUCCUGAAGAACAGCUGCUGUUACCCCGACAACGCCCCCCUCCCCUCCCCUCCCCGCCGCCCACAGCUCCUCCCCGCUAACCUCCCCCUUUCUGUUGCAGAUUUUGAAUCACUGCUGCCAAACAGUUUUGAGUCCGAGGGACAUGUGUUCAUAGCUCCCAGGGAAUACUGCAACGAGCUGGAGCUGGCCAGCAACAACACCGAGUUCCUGUUCAACUUCAUCGCGCUCAUGGAGAAGGUGACGCCAGACUCCAAACAAUGUGACAAUCUGCUGCUUCAUAACCUGAUCCUUGACACUGGCAUCAUUGGACAGCUGGUGGACAAAGUGUGGAAGAACAAAGACUUGAACACGUACGGCUUCUUGGCAGUGUUUGCGGCGACUGACGGAGGCAUCACCAGAGUGUUUCCCAACAAAGCGGCCGAGUCGUGGGAGGAAGACCCCGAACCCUUCAACGCCAGCUACUACCGCCGCAGCCUGGACAACAAGGGCUACAUCUUCAGAGCGCCUUAUCGAACAGUGAGAGACGACCUCCUCAACCCGGAGAACGACACCAUAGGGGUGCUGGUGAGCACGGCGGUGGAGAUCAGUGUGGGCGGGAAGACCAUCAAACCUGCAGUGGUCGGAGUGAAGCUGGACCUCGAGGCGUGGACAGACAAGUUUAAGAUUCUGGCUAGCAACCACACGGACCGCCAGGGCUCCAACGCGUGCGGACCCCACAGCGCCUGUGAAAUGGACUGCGAGGCCAACAGCGAAGACCUCCUCUGUUACCUCCUAGACGACGGUGGGUUCCUCAUCAUGUCCAAUCAGAAGGAGGACUGGAACAAGGUGGGCAUGUUCUUCAGCGAGGUGGAGCCCUACCUGAUGUACGCGCUCUACAACAGCUCCUUCUACAACCGCAAGCAGUCCUACGACUACCAGUCGGUGUGCGAGCCCAUCCCCACCAACAGCCACGGGGCAGCACCCAGGGGUGCCUUUGUGCCCACCAUCGCAGACUUUCUGAACAUGGCCUGGUGGACGUCUGCAGCGACGUGGUCCUUGUUCCAGCAGGUCAUCGCUGGCAUGGCGUACCAGAGUUGGUUCAUCACAGACGAGGUGCUGGCAGAGGGAAUGGAUUCCAGAGAGAGGGGCUGUGUAAUGAUCCAGACACAGUACUACUUCACCAACCUGAACAGCACAUUCAACAUGCUGCAAGACUGUGGCAACUGUUCAAGGCUGAUCCACGCCAAGAAGAUCAACAACACCAACCUGCUGUUUGUGGUGGCGGAGAAGAUGCCCUGCAACGGCUGUGAGAUCGACAAGCUGUCCCAGGAGGAGGAGGAGUACAAGGACCUUAAUCCGUGUGAUGAGGUGGCUCGCUACAGGAAAGGCCCGUCCAUGUGCUUCGACAACAACCAAUCUGAGAACACAUCGGACUGUGGGCGGGGCCACUCGUUCGGCCCCUCCCUCAUCACCCUCCUGGCCAUUCAGCUGCUGCUACUCUCCCAGCUGGCCAGCCCCAGCGCUCUCCUUGCUCUUCUCUAACUCCACCACCCCCCCCCCCCCCCCCCUCUCAGAACCCCGCCCUUGCUCCCCCCCCCCUGAGCCUCUUUACCCCCUCUAGUCACAACGGCCCUCCCGCCCCCCGUGCAGGCGCCCUGGUGGGGGGUCUUGGUGUCCUGGUGCUCCACCCGGCUUUGCUUCCCGUCGUGUUGUAGCUUCACGUGAUGAACUGCUGGACUUUGCUCUGCUUCUUCAGCCCGGUCCAGCCCCCCCCCCCCACCACCACCACCACCACCACCCAUCCUCCCCUCACCUCACCUGGACCAUCGUUGUCAGGGCGACGACAGAGGGAACAACACAAAGAAAAAAAGGAAUCCAAAAAACGAAAUCCACCCAGAAGCGACACCAUUAUCGAGCUGGACCCAUGCCAAGAGGACCCCCCCCCGCCCCGCCCGCCCCCCUGCUCCCUGCAGACCCUCCCACCACUGGAUGGAACCAGUGUUAAACUCUGUUCAUCCGCUGUUAAUCACACAGGUGGCGUGUGUAUCCCUCUCUCUCUCUCUCUGUCUCUCUGCCUCUCUCGCCCUAGCCCCUGAGUUUCAACACUCAGUCAUUUGCCUCCUAUGAGGGGCCGUGGAUUAGUCAGACAGCGAAGCCAUCAUAAAAUAAAACUCUGGUCCGGAGGGGGGGUGGGGGGCUGGGAUGAAACCAGGGCUCGUCUCACCUGCUCCAGUGCAAAACUAUAUUCCCAGCAGUUAAGUUCUCCUUUGGAAAAAACAGAGUUUGUUUUACUUAGAGACAUGAAUUAAUGUAUGCACUGUAUCUACUUCUUGCCAAAUUGAGAUAGACGUUCAUGUGUUCUUAUGUUUUCUAGCCAAAUUAGCGAGGGGGUGGAGGAGGAGACUUUGGAUUUAGCGUUAGGGUAACCAUGGGGAUGCACGGGAUGGGAAUCCCGGAUAACUUUUGAACACCAGGCGUUCCCGGCUCCACGGAGAGGCCGGCGUCCAUUUAGAUAGGGAUCAUUUGAUGGUAACCUUUUUUUUAUUCUUACUAUCCGGCUCAUACACUUGUGAAGAAUAGCGAGUUUGUUAGGCGACUGCGACCAAUAGAAGCGGCCUCUGUUCCCCGCGCAGUGGAACCCGCCCAUCGUCCGUGCUGAUGUUUGAUGUGCUCCUUUAACGAUCGAUGAACAAACUCCGACCUCCGGUCGGCUGAUGUCCAGUUCUAUAUAGUUCUAUAUAUCUCUAUAUCUCUAUCAUGUGCUCUAGUGUGCAAGCUCACCUUCUGCCAAUCCCGACGCGGACGCCCCCCCCCGCACUACCGUCAAACAAUGUGCUUUACUUCUGUAACGCAUCGCGCACCUCUAGUGGUGGUGGAGCCCCCAAGGUCCCACGGCCAGGCUGGACUUAUUACCUUUGGCUGAUGCAGUCCUAUCCAGCCAAACCCCCCCCCCCCCCCAUCUGGAGCAUCUGCUGCUGCCGCCGCUGCUGGAAGUCCAGGGCUGGGGGGCUUUCGUCGAAAAAACGUCUCACACUCAAAGUGCCGAAAGAGGCGGCUCAUUAUGGUGAUCACGUGGUUACGGUAGUCAUGGGUGGUUGUCUGUUACAUGUCAUUGGAUCAGCACUUCAGCUGAGAGGUUGCGGAGACGCCCGUAUUCAGCAGCCUCUCAGUCUCCCUCUCUCUCUCUCUUGUUUCAUAGUGCCUUGAAGCACUAGACGUUUCACGGAAAAGGCCCCGGUUGGCUCUGCUUACGCUAACCCCACCGCAUGGUACCUCUAUGAAGCAGCCUGCUCUCCCUGCUCCGGAUGAUGCUACCCGCUAACGGAGCCUAGCGUACCGCUAUAGAGACAGCUUUAUAACAGGGUUCGAUGCAGUCGUCGGCUGUGUGUUCACCCCCCUCUCCACAGCUGUCCGACUGCCAUUGAACUAGAGUUACUAUAACCGUUCCUUUACGAUGGCCAUGUACAGUGCAAUGAGUUUUCGAUAUAUAUAUAUAUAUAUAUAUAUAUAUAUAUAUAGUGGUGGGAGAGCGUUAUGUAGGGCCACUUGACUGCUAUACUUGCGUUUACGCCUGACUUGUGCGUAUGUGUUUGUGUGUGGACGUAUUAUGUCGGUUUGCGUUUUAACCCUCAAAGGGGCCGUGUUUUAAAUGGGUCAUAUCGAGGCGAUUGCGUGGCAGGCGUUGUGAUACCGUAGCUGUUCUCUCAUUUGAUUCUUGCGACGAACAAAGUGUUAUAAAAUAUUAAGAGUCGUUAAAAAAAAGGGAGGGGGAAAAAUCAGUCUUUGAAGGUACGUUUUGCUUCAAAGCCAUUCGGAGGGAGGCAGUGCAAGAGGUUUGCGAACGAAUGUUGGUCAUGUGGUGUGUGUUUUCUGUUCGGAAGGCAACGUAGUUACACAGCCUCUAUAAAUGCCUUAGUGUUAUCUCAUAUGGGGCUCUUGUUUCACUUUUUGUUAUUUCGUUUUUUGUUUUUUUCCUUCACACGCACAAGCUCUGCCUCGCGUCCGUCCGUCUCAUUGGUCGGCUGGGCACGUGCAAACAGACUCUGUUGAAACAGUCCCGUCCCUGCUGGGUGUCGUGGUGUUCUGGAAUGAAGUAUCGUGAGCUCUACUUUUGUAUUGAACCGUGUCUUGGAAUGAUAAAUUCUUAAGUAACGCUUGUUUGACUGACUGCCGCCUGCAAUUGGGGGAGGCUUUCCUGUCGCUGAAGUCUCCGGACCUUUGGGCCCACCCAAGCUUACUGUAUUAUGUUUUUAGGUGGGUAAUGUCACACUACAAUCUUAACCUUACUUACUGUACAGAGUAUUAGAAGACUAUGUAUUAAGACAAACAUGCCGGCAUAGCAACUGCAGUUUUUGGCUUGCUACACAAUUGAUCUCAUUUUUGACUAACGCUUAAAGGGGCAAUGUGUAGUAUUUGGUGUUUCACAUGGCAGGAUACAAUUAUAAAGGAAUUGGACAACGAUAAUGACAAAUAAACUGUUUAUCCUGCUCCAUGACCUGACACUCAUGAAAAUGAAUAUUGUGGGAUAAACAGUGUUUCAUAUAAUACACAUGCUGGGAAGGUAAAUUGAUAAAAUUGGGUGCAUUUUUUAAACCUUGCAAACAGCUAAAAGGCGUAACACUUGACUCGUACACAGUGCUCCGUCAAUCAUAACACUUGAGAAUCUUACACAGUGCUCCCUUAAUCGAAUUGGCAUUUCAGAAUUGCACCUGCGAUUGGCUCCUUCAGUGUUUUUAGUGUGGGCCAAGUAUUUAACCUAGCCUAGCGCAGUACCGUUGCAUUCUAACCCGGCAUUCUGUUUGUCUCCGCUCCUGUGCCAUCGACUCUGUCCGCAGGUCCCCAACCUCCUGUCUGUAAAUGACUGCUACGCUUUCCUGCAGAACCCUUCUUCUCAUGUCCCAGCUCCCUACACACACUCUCUCACUGACGGGUGUCUGAGACCUAUCUUCUCAUAUGCACCGACACACUGGCAGUGUGCGUACACACACACACACACACACACACACACACACACACACACACACACACACACACACACACACACACACACACACACACACACACACACACACACACACACACACACACACACACACACACACACACACACAAAGCAAAGCCAACAUACAGUGGGCCGUGUCCAUGCUGGGGGUGGUUGAAGCCCCCAGCAUCAGUUUCCCUGGUCCUCCACCAAAGUGUGUGCGACAGGCACAGGGAGGGGGUCUUCACAGAGUCGCGUGGGACUGUAUUCAGACAGCUGAGGCGGUCAGAAACACAGUGAUGUCUAUGUGUGUGUGUGUAUCCAAAAUGGGGAGACAACCAAGUGUUCCGUAGAGGAGCACGGGUUUGCUUUCCAUUGGGGGUUUUCAGACAUUUACUUUAGCCAAAAAUGACAAAAAAUAUAUAUAUAAAUAAAAGAAUAACAUCAAAAUGGAAUACCUUUGAGACGAGAGGGAGGGGUUUGCCCCAGGCCCCGCCCCCCGGCCCGACCCCCCUCCCACAAGGUGUGGGGGGGGGGGGUCCCCAUGUAGCCUCACACAGCCCCUCUCUGUCCUCGCUGUGUAUGUGUAGGCGCGUCUCGCUGGGAAAGACACGUAUGUGUGUGUGUGUGUGUGUGUUAUUCUGUAGUCUGUAGUCUGGUGCUAUGUGACCAUGUUUGACAAAUGUGUGAAAAAAAAACAGUUACAACUGAAAAAACAACGACUCAAAACAGUUGAUUUAAUAAGUGGAAAAAAAUAGGAAUACAGCACCGCUGGUAAGUUCGAGAUCUGGAGUAAAGUAUUUUUUAUUUUGGUUAAUUUCUUAUUUGCGUGAGUAUGAGCGUCUGUGUGUGUUUGUGUUUGUGUUUGUGUGUGUGUGUGUGUGUGUGUGUGUGUGUGUGUGUGUGUGUGUGUGUGUGUGUGUGUGUGUGUGUGUUUGAGAGAGUGCAGAAAAUUGAGCUCCUUUUGGUUUGGACAUUGGUCCGUGUCGCUCCAUUCUUUUGUACAGAUGAAGCUUAAAAAAAGAGGGCAAAAUUUGUAAAAAUAUUGUGUCUGUGACUCCUUGUAAAAUAUUUUCAAAUUGUUUAUUACAGAGAAUCAGUUAUUAAAUAAUGUUCAUAUUUUUCACUUCA